CCACUUGAGGUCCAUUACGCCUUCUAAUCAUUAUGGCACCUGCUGUGAUCUCCGUCAUCCUCAAAAACCCUGAUACCCAGGUUUUUAAUUGUUUCGAACUAAGUCCGUCUUACUCUCACCUUCGCAUCAAGGCCGGCGGGAACAUUCUCAUUCAUCUCAUGGUCGCGCAUUCGACGGGUCAAUGCCACGGUGGACGCAACCCUCAACCUUUCCGUACAUUCGUCCGGCCCCUCGCAUCAUCAACUCAACGCUUUCUGUGGGCCGAUUUUAUGGAUGGUUUCAACGCAAGGCCGGUCAUUGGACCGGUUCAAGUUUGUGGGCUUUUGACUGCUGCAUUAUUCGGUUGCUUUGCCUGUCAGUCCUACCUGUAUUUUACAAGAUUCACGAGCGAUCAUCUCGCCCUGAAAGCAACUGUAGCUGCAGUCAUCUUGAUUCAGUUGGGCCACUUUGUCUGCGUAAUAUCAACAUUGUGGACAAUGACUGUCAGCACUUAUGGUGACCCAACUCAACUCAGUGUGCUUCCUCUAGCGGCAGGCGUGGCCGUUCCGUUGGCCGGUUCCACAGUGUUUAUUGUGCAGACAUUUUACGUAUUUCGACUUUGGAAGUUGACUAGAAAUGCUUUCUUGCCCAUUCUUUGCGAAACGAUCUCCGUGGUUGCACAAAUCUCCACAUUCGUUGUCACAGCAUCGGCGGUUAAUAUGACGAACCUCGAUGCUUUUGGAGCCAAUCAAAAACUGGAGAUUGAGCUCUCUUUCGUCUCACGUGCCGUCUGUGACUUGAUCACCACCGCUAGCACCGCCUGGGUUUUGAGGAAGAGAAGAGACCCUGACAUCGAAGCGACGAUGACGAUGAUCGACCGGUUGAUCUAUUGGACAAUCGAAACUGGUCUGCUCACCAGUUCGAUGGCCGUUACAUUGGCAAUAUGGUUUAUAAUUCAGCAAGGGGAAGACUUCAUGUGGAUUGGAGUAUGGUUUUUGUGGCCUAAUGUCGUAGGGAACUCCUUCUUAGCCUCGUUGAAUCGUCGCCUGCUCCUUCGCGACAGGACUACAAGAGGCGGUGCUCAGAAUAACAGCUUUGGGAUGACGACGAUUAUUUUCAACACCGAACCACAAACAGAGUCACUGGAACAUGGGAAUGUUGCAAGAAGUAGAAUGCUCGAUCAACCCGGAGCAAAGGCAGAUCUCCAAACCUGGAGUGUGAGCAUGCGUUAAAUAGAUGACGAAAUUCAUGGGAACGUACGACGAGAUGAUUUGCUCUUCACAUGUAUAGGUUGACACUUUAGCUAGGCAUCAAUUAUAUAUUAAGUCGGUAGAACACACAACUAAAUUAUUGUUCUCUACAUACCCUAGCCUCCGCAGAAGUUCGUUUUAUAGUAUCAUUAGUGCCCGCACAGGCGCUACAGAAAAGUGGUUCCUGGAACAUGGACGGGUCAUGUGCCUGCCUGUGCCACCGGACACAAAGGAGACUGCGAAGUAAGUGCGCUAGGCCCAGAAGAACGAUGCAAGCCAAGCUUGAACAAUGAAAACACCUUCGCUGCAAAUGAAAUGAUGAGACUAUGUUAAGCGGAC